AUGGACGACGUGUUGGCUACAAGUCACGACUCGAACAUGACAGGCCUUACGGCCGACUCUGACCCUGUCGACGGAAACGCGUCCUGCGUCCUUGCGCCCGAGGCCACACAGGGCCCUUACUACCCUGUCUCGGAUGCUUACAUCGAUUUCUGGCACUGUAAUGCGACCGGUGCCUACGCCGGUGUAAUCGUGUCUGGCAAUGGAAAUUCCAACGACCCGACCAAUAUGCACAAGACUUUCCUUCGGGGUAUCCAAGUCACCAACGACGAUGGCUAUGCCCAAUUCGAGACUAUCUUCAUUGGACAAUUCUUCUUUGACGAAAACCUGAUCACCGUCGUCGAAGCUACCUCUCCCUACAUUUCCAAUACCCAGCAACUCACCACCAAUUCCAACGAUUCCAUUAUAGCCGAGGAAGUCGAGGAUGCGCCUGACGGGAUUGACCUCACGUCUACCUCGGGGACGACAUUUCUGAUGGUCUCCUUGCGUGAGUACAACACCACAUUUCGUCGCUGGGGUUCUAUGGCUAUCGACCUCUCGUCGAGCUACACCACAUUGGCCGCUGGUGCCCUGACCGAGGAUGGCAGUGUGAUGUCUGAUACCAGCAGCAGUGGAGGUAUGGGUGGCAGUAAUGACGCUGCCCUGUCCUAAAUAGGUACAGCUCUUAGGAUAUGUGCCCUAAUUUUGAUAUGCGGAUUUCGAUUUCGAAUCAUCAUCAUUACUUCCUUUG